AAAAAAUAUCAUACAGAUGUUCAACUUGAAUUGAAUUAUGAAGCUUUGACACAGCACAGUAGCACACACCUUUUGAUCACCAGUUACACCACAACAAUAAUCAACAUCUUGUUCACCACCAUGUCCCACCACGCCACCCUACAUUUCUACAACCUCAGACAGACAUAUACAUCAUUCAUCAUCCUUGUCUUGAAUCUUGAUCCUUCUCGUAGAUAAACAAAAUAAAACAAAACAAAAAAUAUAAAGAUGUUCAACUUGGGUUGAAUUAUGAAUCUUUGACGCAGCACACACCUUUUGAUCACCAUAUCAAUAAUCAACAUCUUCUUCAAUGAUCUCUUUUGCAACAAUAACAACAAUAAUGUCUUCCCUUCUCAUAUAUCUCUUCCUUCUGAGAAUAACCUUAGUUUCUUCGUCAACAGAAUUUGUCUACAACACCAACUUCAGCUCCACCAACAUAAAUCUCUAUGCAAACGCCACUAUUGAUGAUCACUCUCACUCUCACUCUUCAAUUCUCACCCUUACCAACCAUGCCUCUUUCUCUAUUGGCCGUGCUUUCUACCCUUCCAAGAUCCCAACAAAAUCUUCCUUUUCUUCCAACCCUUUACCGUUCUCAACCUCCUUCAUCUUCUCCAUUGCACCAUUCAAGCACCUUCUCCCUGGCCAUGGUUUUGUGUUCUUGUUCUCACCUUUUGAAGGAGCAAACGGGGUUAGCUCAGCUCAGCACCUUGGCCUCUUCAACUUGACCAACAAUGGUAACCCCAAAAACCAUGUUUUUGGGAUUGAGUUUGAUGUGUUCAAGAACCAAGAAUUCAAUGACAUCAAUGAUAACCAUGUGGGUUUGGAUGUGAAUUCUCUUACUUCUUUGGCCUCGCACGAUGCUGGAUUUUGGGUCAGUGGAAAACAUGACGAAAAGUUUAAGGAAUUGAAGCUUAACAAUGGUGAGAACUAUCAAGUGUGGAUUGAGUAUUCAGAUUCUAGAGUUAAUGUAGCAAUGGCUAUUGCAGGGGAAAGAAGGCCUAAUAGGCCUUUGAUUAGUGAACUUGUGAAUCUUUCUGAUGUCUUUUUGGAUGAAAUGUUUGUGGGAUUUUGUGGAGCAACAGGGCAACUUGUUGAGAGUCACAAGAUUUUGGCAUGGAGCUUUAGCAACUCAAAUUUUUCAAUCGGCGAUGCUUUGGUGACUACGAAUUUACCUUCAUUUGUGCUUCCAAAAGAACCAGUUUUGAAGUCAAGAGGUUUUGUUUCAGGUAUCAGUUUUGGGAUUUUUAUCUUUGUUAUUGGUAGUGCAGCUAUGGUGUUUGUUGUUUUGCUCAAAAGAAAAAGAAGCAAAAGAAUGGAGGAAGAGGGAGAUAUUGAAGACUGGGAAUUAGAGUAUUGGCCACACCGUAUUAGUUAUGAAGACAUUUAUGCUGCAACUAAAGCAUUUUCAGAACAGAAUAUAAUUGGGUUUGGAGGGAAUGGAAAAGUUUAUAAAGGGAUUCUACAAGGAGUAGAAGUAGCAGUGAAAAGAAUCCCUUAUGACAGUGAAUAUGGUAUGAGGGAGUUUCUAUCUGAGAUUUCAAGCUUAGGAAGAUUGAAGCAUAGGAAUGUGGUUCCAUUGAGGGGUUGGUGCAAGAAAGAGAGAGGAAGCUUGAUCCUAAUUUAUGAUUAUAUGGAGAAUGGAAGUUUGGACAAGAUAAUAUUUGAUUCUGAUGAGAACUCAAUUUUCCAUUGGAAAAACAGAAUCAAGGUGCUGAAGGAUGUGGCUAUGGGGAUAUUGUAUUUGCAUGAGAGUUGGGAAGUUAAGGUGUUGCAUAGGGACAUAAAAGCAAGCAAUGUGUUACUUGACAAGGAUAUGAAUGCAAGGUUGGGGGAUUUUGGACUCGCCCGGAUGCAUCAUCAUGAGCAGAUACCUAACACCUCUCGAGUGAUCGGAACGGUUGGCUACAUGGCACCGGAACUGCUAAGAACCGGGAGAGCCUCGACGCAAACUGAUGUGUUCAGCUUCGGCGUGUUGGUUCUAGAGGUUGUGUGUGGGAGAAGGCCUAUAGAAGAGAAUAAGCCAGCAUUGGUUGGUUGGGUGUGGAGGCUAAUGGAGAGAGGAGAGUUGUGUUGUGCUCUUGAUAAAAGAUUGAAAAUGAGGGGUGAUGAAGAUUAUAGCAUUGAUGAAGUUGAGAGAGUUCUUCAUCUUGGUUUGUUGUGCACACAUUAUGAUCCUCAAGUUAGGCCAAGUAUGAGGCAAGUUGUGAAGGUUUUGGAGGGUGAGAGUUUGGAAAUAAGCUUAGUUGAUAAAAUAAAUUCCGCUGCUGAUGGAUAUAGUGGGGUUCACCCCACCAUUGAAGAUAUAUCUCAAUGUUCUUUCACAACUCAAUGUGAGGGCAGAUGAGUUUUCUUGAGGAUCAUUUCACUAAUUGCCAAAAUCUGAUUUACAGCCCAAAUGGAAUGGAAAAUAAAACAAGGCUAAUGGGUUAAUGAAAUAAACAAAGCCCAAAAAAGAAUCAAAGCUGAGAAAUCAAAACGGGCCAAGCUAAUGGAUAUCCGAUUCAAGCCUGUAUCCAUCAAUUCAAGUUAAUCCCACCAAGCUUCUCAUACAAGAUUGAAGCCUUCAUUCCCUCUCACUUGCUUUUACCAAAGCAACGUUCCUCUCUAUGUGGUCUAAGUCAAAUCAGUUUCAGAAAAGUAAGAAAGAGAAAGAGAGAAAGAGCUUCUUCACCAACAUAGUCACCAAAGAAGCAAGAAAGAGAAACUGAGCUUGAAAGGUAGAAGUCAUCUCAACAAAUCCAAACCAAAUCAAGCUUAGGUUAUAGGUAAAUCUUUUCCUCAUACAUGCAACUCGGUCUCAUCUAUUCUUCCCAACUCUCUGCUCUAUCCGAAAAUGGCAUUCAAGGAAAAGUUGUUCUCUACCCUAUUCUGUUUCACAUCUACGGUCACAAGUGAUACUUGGGGACCAAGUAGUUUUUCAAUGGCUAAGAUCAAGUUGACCAUGAGAAGAUUUCAAUGGUUGCUGUUUUAUGACUUUCGGUCAAGAUGAGGAAGUCAGAAGGAGAGUUUCUACUAUGGGGAUUAAGGUGAAAAAGUGAAUCUGUGGGUUGGUGAAGCUCAAGGCUCAAGGUGUUGACCUUGGAAGAAGAACCAAGCAACAUGCAAGGAGAUAAAAAAGAAGUUUGCUGUUCAUUCAGAGGCAAGGAGAGAAAAACCAGAGUUUGAAAGUUGUGUUCUGUGAAGUAUUCCCUGUGAAGUUCCUCUACUUGGAUAAUGCUCUCUAUCAAAGAAGCAUUCGGCCAAUACUGAAGAACUAAAUCAGAGGUUUGCAAAGCUGGUUUUUUACAUAGCAAAAGAGGCUGUUGAUGAUGUCAAUCUCCUUCAUGUUUUACUGAUUGUAAUGUACUUUUCUAUGUUUAUCUUUCUGUAAUUUCUGUGAGAAAAGACAUUGUGAGAAAACUCAAGUAAAAGCCAUGAGUGAAAAAAGGCUGAGUGAAACACUUGAGGGAAAAGCCUAGAGUUAUUUUCUGAUUUUUUUAGGUAUGUUUAUGUCUUGUAUCUUGUACAUGUUUGGUAUCCCUUUCUUAGUUGGGUUUGCACUAAGAAUGAAUAGUUAGGUGUUAGCAUAGCCAAUGUCAAGUUAGGUUAGAACUUGAAAGUGAAAUUGGUGUAUGUAAUACUGUUAACUAUAGUGAAAUUCUUCCAUAGUUGUGGAAGAGACUGGAUGUAGGUUGCAUAGCACAAGGCAACCGAACCAGGAUACAUGCUGGUGUUCAC